AUGGCUACUGGCAGCUACUUUCCUCCGUCUGGGGCUGCUUCUAGCCUAUCACCUCGGCUCCCCACUCCGGCUUCCUCUCCGCUAUCCCCUCCGGCUCAGCAACGAUCCAAUGCCUUGUCAAACCGAUUGACAAGCGUGCUCUCCGUCUCCUAUGCGGAUUCUGAUAUUCGCGAUGCGCUUGAAACGCUCAGCCUAAGAGGGAUACACAAUACCGCGGAGGUCAGGAGGCAAUUGCGAGUGGAUGUGCAGAAGGAGGUGGCAGAUUGCAAUGCAGAAAUUGUGAGGGACUUUGGUCGCGUGGCCGAGCAAUUGGAGCGCAUCGGCAUUGUCAUCUCGAGCUUGAAGGAAACAUGCGACGAAAUGCGGAAGCAUAUCGUAUUAGCCAAGCAGGAUACUGCACCGGUGCUGGAAGAAGCUUCUGCUUUGAUGAACCAAAAGGAGGAAGCUGAAACGAAGCAGCACCUGUUGGACGCAUUCACGAGACACUUUAUAGUAUCGGAUGACGAGCUCUUGAUACUGACAUCUGUUGAAGAGCCAAUCAACGAUGAAUUCUUUGACGUCCUUGCUCGAGUGAAGCAGGUGCACCGUGAUUGCGAAGCUCUUCUGGGAGCGGAGAACGAGAGACUUGGCCUGGAGCUCAUGGAGAAAAGCUCUAGGAGCCUGGACUCUGCUUAUCAGAAGCUCUACCGAUGGAUUCAGAAAGAGUUCAAAUCUCUCAAUCUUGAGGACCCUCGGAUUAGUAACACGAUCCGAAGGGCCUUGCGGGUGCUGGCGGAGCGACCGAGUUUGUUCCAUAGUUGCCUGGACUUCUUCGCGGAAGCUCGAGACUACGUCUUGUCAGAUGCCUUCCAUUAUGCCCUAACCGAUGCAGUCUCUGGUGGCGACAGUGCAGUGAAACCUAUUGAAUUCUCCGCCCAUGACCCGUUGAGGUAUAUUGGUGACAUGCUUGCUUGGGUUCACUCCACCACAGUGUCAGAGCGAGAAGCUCUGGAAUCUCUCUUCGUUGGGGAUGGAGAAGCACUUGCCAAGGGUAUACAGGUUGGCCUCAGCAGCGAGCCGUGGGCACGUAUCGAUGAAGACGAAGAGAUCACCUUCGAUGGUCAGAAAGCCCUCAGUGAUCUUGUGAACCGCGACCUUAUAGGGGUCGCUCGUUCUCUGCGCCAGCGAGUCGAACUCAUUAUUCAAGGCCACGAUGACCCCGUUACUUGUUACAAGGUUGUGAAUCUGCUGUCCUUUUAUCAGGUCACCUUUUCCAAGCUGGUGGGCCCCAAAUCGAAUCUGGCGGAACUACUUCAGAGCCUUGAGAAGUUCACAUUGAACCAUUUUCAGACAAUCACACAUGAAGAAGUCGGCCGACUCUCAGCAGAUCAUUCUGCUUUAACCCCUUCAGAGGAUCUGUCUGCGCCACAGUUCCUACUAGACGCAUUAGAAGUCCUUACUUCGCUUAUGAAGACCCAUGACGCCUCACUCGGAACGGAUGAUACAUCCGAUGACCAGGGAAAUAAGUUCACUCCCGUUCUUCGCGCAGCCCUCGACCCUUACCUAGGUUUGGCAAAGUCCUGUGCAGCCGAAUUACCCAACCCCACCGCACGGGCAAUCUACCUAGCCAACAUUCACAUCACCACCCGCUCAGCCAUUACACCCUACGCAUUUGCCAGUGCAACCCAUUUGACCCCACUCUCAACAUCACUCUCUACCAUCCGCGUGGACCUCCUCGAGAUUCAACACCGCUACCUCCUUGAGGCUUCGGGUCUUCAGGUCCUUCUAACAGCCCUCGAACCAUUCUCGAAGACAUCUGCCAUGCGUACAGAGCAGGACCUAGCGACCAUCGCAAAUCUUCCAGAAUUCCAACCAGAAGCUCUCAUCGCAAUCAGCCAGCAACUCGACGACUUCCUCCCAUCCGCUUUGAUGGAUGCCACGGAUAAUUUGAAACGCCUGCAGAGCGCGGCUUUUGUCAAGAGUGUUACAGAAGAAGCAGUUGAGGCUUUUUGUCGCGAUUUCGAGUUUGUAGAGGGGAUGAUCAUCGGGGCUGAUGAGGCUCAAAACGUUGGCAAAAAGAGUGCGCAGGCUGAUGAGGCCGAUGAGAAUGAGAGUGCGGAGAGCAGUGAUGAAGGGGGCGAUGGCCAGAUUCUGAAGAGACUAUUCCCUCGUACUACCGGGGAGAUUCGCGUGUUGUUGAGCUGA